AGCAGACUUUGAUUUAGAUCACAGUUCCUAUGCACACAUAGUUUACACAUAGCCAUGUCAUCCUCAAAAUUCUCCUUUCAGUUAGUUUGCAAUUGGUCAGUAAAGUCAUUGUCAUAUAUUUUUCCUCAUCAGCUUAGAACAACCAGGGGUUCACACUUGGGGGUUCAGUUCAGGAAAACCGUGCAUUUUAAACACACUGCUACUUAUCAAAGUUGUUGCUAUCAGUCAGUUGCUUCUCUAAUUUCAUGGGUAGAAGCAGGUGAAAAGAAAGGACUUAAUCGUCCAACAACAAGCUCUCGGACAGCAAAAAGCUCCAGAGGAAAAAGGUCAACACCAGUUUUUCAUCACACCAAUGAGUCAGAGUCAGACUCAGAUUCUACAGACUCCGAUACUACAGAUACUACAUCUGGCAGUACAAGAUCUGGUAGGAGGCAUUAUUCAGACCCUAAGAUUCCUCCAUAUCAAGUUGGAGAGGACAUUGAGAAUUAUUUGAUGCGUUUUGAAUGUAUUGCAAAGACAUGGAAGUGGCCUAAACGUGAAUGGGCCUGUCGACUAGUUCCAUUGUUAUCUGGUAAGGCGCUGGAGGCCUACACUGCAAUGGAUGAAGAUAAAGCCCACUGCUACAACGAACUGAAGGAAGCACUGCUGACCAAAUUUGAUGUUUCACCAGAGACCUACAGGCAUCAAUUUCGAGCAACCUCAGUUCCACAUGGUGAGCACCCCAYUGAGACAUAUUGCCGUCUGAAGAGCCUCUACAGACGCUGGAUUCGGCCUGAACAGCACAAUAAGGAGGAGAUUGCUGAGACCAUCAUCUUGGAACAACUACUGYGUGUGCUACCUGCCGAGGUGAGGACAUGGGUGAAGGAGCAUGAGCCAUCAGAGGGAAUGGAGGCUGCAAAACUGGCUGCACAGUACGCUAAUGCAAGGAAAGGAGGAUCAGCAACACGUUCAACUGGUGCAGACUACCUUUCAAGGUUGCCGCACAUCGUCAACCUACAGGAGGAGGGGGAUAAUGUGAAGGGGCAAGGAUGCUCCAUCACUUUUCAGCAGACUUUGAUUUAGAUCACAGUUCCUAUGCACACAUAGUUUACACAUAGCCAUG